AUAUCUGUUGAAUGUUUAUCAAGCUAUAAAGAGACUACCCUAGGUUGCCAUGAAGUCAAGUUAUGUUAAAGGAUUAUUGUACAUAUUUACUUCGUGUGUAAUGGCUGAUGUGAAUAUUGCAUUAAAGAAACCUACAAAGAUGUCUUCAAUCUAUGAUCCUAAACUUAGCGAGGGAAAAGAUUAUCUGUGUUGUAACUCUACAUAUGCUGUUGAUGGAGAAAAGACAGUAUGGACAGGUAGCGAUUUUUUGUGUGCACAUUCAGACAUUAACGUUAAUCAGCAGUCAUGGUGGGCAGUCGAUCUACAGAAUGUUUAUGAUAUCAGUGUUAUAGAUAUUUAUGGACGCACAGAUUGUUGUCCUAACACACUGACAAACUUUGAUGUUGAAGUUAUCAUGCCAGCAUGUACAUGUAAUAGAUGGAACAGUUUAGAUGAGGGAGACGUAUUUCACUGUCACUAUCAGGCAAUAGCAAGCCACAGAAUCAUUAUAACGUGCCCUCCCAACACAAGAGGGAGGUUUGUUAGGAUUAAACGUAAGGAUAUGGAAAGUCUAGGAAUUUGUGAGGUAGAGGUGCAGGGUGAUCCAGUAUACAGAAUGACUGAAUCAGGUUUAUCAAGGACUGCCGAUGCAUGUGGACAUAUCGGGCACGGAUAUUUAGGUCCUGCCAUAGGAACAUCUGAAGCGAACAACCGCAUUCAGUGUACAGUUAUGUGCUUUACAAAUACAGCCUGUACAGCUGCAGAGUAUGACAAGAAAACAAAUGUCUGUACACUGAAAGGUGAUUGUAUAGAUGGAACUCAGUCAUCCUUGUUCCAAGACAACAACAAAGAUGUAUUUUUCAUUCAAUAGAGCAUCAGAUGGUUACCAGUUCUGCAAAAAUUUAAAACCCAAAAAACGCUAAUUCAUUCUGUAUUUGAAACAAAAACAAUGUCCUCUAUACUUUUUUAUACAGUAAAUUUAUGAAUACUGAUACACAAAAUGAAAAGAGUUUUUUUCGCUUAAAUUGGUCCACUUGUUUUUCGAACGUAGACCUUUUUUUCGAGUAAUCUAGCAUGCGAUCAAAACAAAAAAUUGCUAUUUUCCAAGUAUAAUAGCUUGUAAACAUUACUGGUUAGAAGCCAGUUGAAACCCGCCUCAUUUUGUAUUUUGCUGCUUUUGAUACGGUUGUUGUCUCUUUGACAAAUUCCCCAUUUCUAUUCUAUUCUAAUAUUCAUGACUAUCUUAGUUUGGUGACUGUACACAAAUGAUACAUGCAUAUAGUCCUGUAUUUCACUUAAACGUCUGUGUUUAACAUUGUUGUUUUUGUGGUGGGUUUUGGAACAAAGGGCCUUGUGUUAAAAAAAAAAUUAAAUGAGAAUUAGAAAAGAAGUGAAGGACAACAUUAUCUUUUUUCAAUAACUCAUAAAUUAAUUUUACUCAUGUUCCUACGUUGAUAAAAUUUAACACUUUUCAAUUUAAUGCCAAUUUCCAUGAUAUCAAAAGGCGCCGCUUUACACUAAUUUGUUCGUGUCAAUAAAACUUGUCUGUGCUUACAUAAAAAAACUACAUGGCAAUUAAUUCCUUAAUGUGAUCCAUAUUGAAACGCUUAAAAAUAAGUGAAAACAAUUGUCUCAUUGGCAAUCAUACCACAUCUUCUUUUAUUAUAAUAUCUUUGUUAAAGAGUGCUUGAAGAUGUCUAAUUAGUCAUCAAAGGUACCAGGAUUAUAAUUCAGUACGCCAGACGCGCAUUUCGUCUACAUAAGACUCAUCAGUGACGCUCAUAUCAAAAUAUUUAUAAAGACAAACAAGUACAAAUAUGAAGAGCAUUGUUCCGAAAUUCAAAAAAGUUGUGCCAAAUAUGGCUAAGGUAAUCUAUGCCUGGGAUUUAAAAAAAAUCCUUAAUUUUUCGAAAAAUUCAAAGUCUUGUAAACAGAAAACCUAGAAACGUCCACCAGCAGUGGCACCGACCCAGUUGUGUAAUUAGUACGUCAGACGCGCGUUUUGUCUACAUAAGACUCAUUAGUGACGCUCAUGUCAAAAUCUAAGAUGGAUGCCACGUAAAAGUAAAACAUUAAACGUUAUAUCAAAACUACCAUUUUAAGCAUAUCGUUAAGGUUGAAGUAACCAAUAAUCAUAACCGUGUUGGGAGUUCAUUUAAAAGGAAAACAAAAGAAUUCCUUCGAUAAGGUUGGCAACCUUCAAAUAAGAACAGUUGAAAGACCCUAAUGUCAGAAAAUGCCUUGGUUUUUAAUUGAGUAGUGGAAGACAACUGUAGAAUACUCCGAACAGUCACUGCAUCAAGAAAAUGUCCAUGAUAGGAUGAACAAGCCUUGUGAAUUUAAAGGCUUAGGAUACAAUAAAGCAAUCAAUUUAAAGUUGCACUAAACUUUUAAUGCUCUGUAUGUGUGUGUACUUGUUGUAUAUUUGUUAAGGAUGAAAAACAACUAGAGGUUGUACAAGAUUGAA